AUGCUAGACCGGAGAGAGAAUGUCGAGCCAUGUCAUAGCAAUACCUGCCAAUGGAUUUUGGAGUUGGAAAAGUACCAAUCCUGGAGCAGCAAACCGCGUGGCCUACUAUGGAUCAAGGGCAAGCCGGGUGCGGGCAAAUCGACAUUGAUGGCAUUCCUACACGACAAACUCAAGAGUUCACAGAACGACGACCAGGGCAUUCAGCUCGACUUUUUCUUUAGUGCCCGAGGCACAGAUAUGCAACGCACACCACUAGGCAUGCUUCGGUCUUUACUGAACCAAAUAUUUGACCGCGAUGUGACCGUACGGCCUCAGGUACGCGAGGCCUAUGAACAACGAUCUAGGCAGUUUGGGUACGGUGAAGGCAAGUGGGAAUGGCCACAAGUGGUGCUAGAAGAGUUACUGGCAGUUGCCAUCCUAGCAUCCGCUAGUCGACAACGUGUGACGGUUUUUGUCGAUGCCCUAGAUGAGACGGGAGCCGAGUCUGCUCAAAAGCUCGCAGGGUAUUUCCAUCGACUUAUUGACCGAGCAGAAAAGAAAAACGCUGCUAUUCGAAUCUGCAUUUCAUGUCGACACUAUCCUAUCGUAGGAAGUGCCCAGACUAUGGAGAUACAUGUCGAACAGCAUAAUCACAACGACAUCGCUACAUAUAUUACAGACAUACUUGCCGAGACAGAACUUGAGGACAGCCCUAGCGAAGACAUAGGACCAGUGCUGCUAGAAAAACUGAUCCAGCAAGCCAAUGGUGUGUUCCAAUGGGCUUGUCUCAUCAUGCCUCUUGCCCGACAGAGAAUUCUUGAAGGGGAAUCACUCGACGACAUCCGUUUCUGGUUACGCGAAGUCCCAGCCGGCCUGGAAGAGGUGUAUAUGUAUAUUCUGAACGACGUGAUAGAAGUGCAGAACUUGAAGCAAUCGUUCGUACUGUUUCAAUGGGUCUGUCUGGCCGAGCGACCACUGACUGUGAUGGAAAUGCGGUAUGCCUUGGCAGCUGAGAAUGCCGAGGUAACGUGUGCCCCAAAAGCCUGGGAGAAGAUCCAUGGUUUCGUUGAAAGCGACGAGCGCAUGAAGCGAAAGAUCAAAGCUAUUUCUGGCGGAUUAGUGGAAGUCGUCUCAAACUGGGCUUCCGAUGAGACUGUUCAGGUUGUACACCAGUCAGUCAAUGACUUCUUGCGCGCGAAAGGUCUAGCUGCUUUGAGUGAUAAUAUCGGCGCCAGCAGUUCAGUCCUGGAAGAAGCGAAUAUCCUCUUACAAUGUCAGGCAGAUCUCUACCGACAUUGUCUUGUUUAUCUGGCCUCGCUCCGCAUAGAGGGAUAUACUUCAAGUGAUCCCCAAGUGAGGAGAGAUGAGCUUAUCCGGAGCCACCCAUUACUUGCUUACGCCACUAUAAAUCUUUUCAUUCAUGCGGAGAAAUCUGCUAACGCCCGUGUGCUCAUGAUACUGGAUGAACAAGAUAUCCUACAGCAAGUGAUAGAUCAGUGGGUCCAGAUUUAUCGGAUUCUCGACCCUCAUAACCCAGCGUGCCCGUCGGAAAACAUUGCAAUCAUUCAUAUGGCGGCAGCUGCAAAUCUCGUUGAUCUCAUGGAACGUGUAUCUUUGAACAGCGAUGACAUGGCGAGAAAAGACGGAGACGGAAAUACAGCGCUCCAUUUAGCAGCGCGAUACGGUCAUAAAACAGGGGCAAGGAUUUUGCGCGAGAAAGGAGCGGACUGCGAAGCGAAGAAUAGGAGAGGAAACACACCAUUGAGUGAGGCGGCUAGCUAUGGGCAUGCGACACUUGUCGAAUGGCUUCUGCACGAAGGUGCGAACAUUGAAGGAACAAUGGGUACAGACGGAAGUGUUCUACAAGCGGCUUCAUUGGGAGGACAUCAGAACAUUGUUGGAAUUUUGCUUGGAGCUGGGGCAGAGGUGAAUGAACAGGGUGGUGAAUACGGCAAUGCCCUGCAAGCAGCUGCGUAUGGGGAAAGCAGUGGGAUCGUACAGAUGCUCCUCGACGCUGGCGCCGAUGUCAACGCCCAGGCUGGUAAAUACGGCAAUGCCCUGCAGGCUGCUGUAUACAGUGGAAGUAGUGAGAUCGUGCAGAUGCUCCUCGACGCUGGCGCCGAUGUCAACUCCCAGGGUGGUGAAUACGGCAAUGCCCUGCAGGCUGCUGUAUACAGUGGAAGCAGUGAGAUAGUGCAGAUGCUCCUCGACGCUGGCGCCGAUGUCGACGCCCAGGGUGGUAAAUACGGCAAUGCCCUACAGGCUGCUGCAUACGAGGAAGACUAUCAGAUCGUGGCGAUACUCCUCGAAGCUAGCGCCGAUAUCAAUAUCCAGGGCGGUGAAUACGGCAAUGCCCUACAGGCUACUGCGUAUAGGAAAAGCGAGUUGAUUCUGCAGAUGCUCCUCGUCGCUGGCGCCGAUGUCAACGCCCAGGGUGGUAAAUAUGGUAACGCCCUGCAAGCUGCUGCAUACAGUGAAAGCAGUGAGAUCGUGCAGAUGCUCCUCGAAGCUGGCGCCGAUGUUAACGCCGAGGGUGGUGAAUACGGUAAUGCCCUACAGGCUGCUGCAUACAGAAAAAACAGUGAGAUCAUACAGAUGCUCCUCGAUGCUAGCGCCGAUGUCAACGCCCAGGGUGGUAAAUACAGCAAUCCCCUACAGGCUGCUAUAUGCCGGGCUUGGGAUAAAAGCGCCAAGGUCGUGGAGAUGCUCCUCAUCGCUGGCGCCGAUAUCAAUGCCCCGCGUAGUGAAUACAGCAAUGCCCUACAGGCUGCUGCAUUUUGGGGAAGCGUUGAGAUCGUGCAGUUGCUUCUCGCGGUUGGUGCCGACAUCAACGCCCAGAGUGGUCAACACGGCAAUGCCCUGGAAAUUGCUAUAUGCAGCGACCGUAGUGAGAUCGUGCAGAUAUUCCUUUAUGCUGGAGCCGAUGUUAACGCCCAGAGUGGUCAAUACGGCAAUGUCCUACAGGUUGCUGUAUGUUGGGGAAGCAGUGAGGUCGUGCAGAUGCUCCUCGACGCUGGCGCCGAUGUUAACGCCCGCAUCGAUAUCAAUGUUAACGGUGGUAAAUACGGCAAUGCACUACAGGCUGCUGUCGAUAGGGAGCGUAGAGAUAUUAUACAGAUACUCCUCGAUGCUGGCGCCGAGGUUAACGCCGAGGGUGGUGAACAUAGUAAUGCCCUACAGGCUGCUAUAUGGACGAAUCGCAGUGAAAUCGUGCAGAUACUCCUCGACGCUGGUGCUAAUAUCAACGCCCCAGGUGGUAAAUACGGCAAUACCCUAAAGGCCGCUAUAUACACGAGAAAUAGGGUGAUAGUGCAGAUGCUCAUCGAUGCUGGCGCCGAUGUUAACGCCCGCAUCGAUAUCAACGUCGCGGGUACAGAAUACGACAAUGCCCUACAGGUUGCUAUAUACUGUGAAAACAGUGAGAUUGUGCAGAUGCUCCUCGACGCUGGCGCCGAUGUCAACGCCCAGGGUGGUAAAUACGGCAAUGCUCUACAGGCUGCUGUAAAUACGGAAAGCAGUGAGAUCGUGCAGAUGCUCCUCGAUGCUGGCGCCGAUGUCCACACUCAGGGUGGCCAAUACGGCAAUGCCCUGCGGGCUGCUAUAUGUCACGAUUACCGCCAGCCUGUUUCCUACCAGAAAAGGGGUGAGAUCUUGCAGAUGCUCCUCGACGCUGGCGCCGAUAUCGACCCCCAGGGUAGCGGAUACGGCGAUGUCUUACAAGCUGCUACAUAUAAUGCUUCCCGAUACCCUGCUUCCUACGGGAAAAGCAGUCAGGUCGUGCAGGUGCUCCUCGAUGCUGGUGCCGACAUGAACGCCCAGGGUGGUGAAUUCGGCAAUGCUCUAUGUAUUGCUGCAUACUGGGAAAGUAGUGAGAUUGUGCAGGUGCUCCUCGACGCUGGCGCCGAUCCCAACGCACAAGGUGGUGAAUACGGCAAUUCCCUACAGGCUGCUAUAUGUAACGAUGACGGACAGUCUGCUCCAUACGGGAGAAGCACCGAGGUUGUGCGUAUGCUUCUUAACGCUGGCGCCGAUGUCAACGCUCGGGGUGGUAGAUAUGGAUCAUCUAUCUUGGCAGCGAUUCAUCAGGGCAAAGCUGAUCAAGUUCAGACGCUCCUUCACGCUGGUGCAAAUCCAUGGCUUGCAAAUGAACUUGACCAGACUCCUCUUCAUAUUGCCGCUUCGAAAAAUGAGGUCAGCUUUCUCCAACAGUUCCCGGACCUUCUCUGCUCUAUCAAUGUGCGGGACAAGCUUUUGCAAACCCCACUUCAUUUGGCUAUUUGUCUCGGUCAUAUCGAUUUUGCCACACGUCUCUUCCAUCUUGAUGCCAAUCCUUCUCUUCGAGAUGGUUAUGGCAGAAAUAUCCUUGACUGGGUAAAUGGAAAUGAAAGCCUGAUGCACCAAAUUCAAACCCACUUCCCUUCAAUUGUUGCGACCCCUGAUUCUGCCCAAGAGCUUGCUGUUCGCCAAUCCAUCCUUCACAUCUCAGAUACGCUUCUUCAGUCUCAGUUGCACUUCCCCUGGCCCCUUGUGAAUCAACUAGGGCGGUAUCUGUUGUUUAUCGGCGACCUAGACAAUGCCCAAUAUCUAUUUCAGCUGCAUUUGUCUCAGGAUACCUUUAUUGGGACCCCCUCAUACAAGCCUGAUUGUGACAGUUGUAGACAGCCCAUCGACGGCUCUCGCUUUGUGUGUAAAACCUGUGCCCAUGUGGAUCUAUGCUCGCACUGCGUGCAGAAUUAUCCCUUCCACAGUCCAUUACACCCAAAUCAAAAGCAUGAGACCUUUGAGGUGUCACUUGUGCUUGAUGAAAAAUUUGUGUCCACUGCUUCGACAUCAGAGACGUUGAGAAACCUUCUUGAAGAGCUUUCUGCGUCAAAUACCCACGGAAGCGGGAAGGGGCCAUCACAUGAUUCCGUGGCUUGUCUGCCAUCCACAGUCACGGUACCCAAAAGGACAGCUGUGACUUCAAUGGCUCUCCUAGGUCCAAGCUCGACGUUCUGGCUUCUUUCGUUUGGGCUUAUGGCAGUGUCGCUUACAUACUGGUAUACCUUGAUCUGA